GAGGGCCACCCCAGCGGGUCAACGAGGAGCGCGGUGGUUGGCGCCGUGCGAGCAGCGCCUGCGGCUCCCUGCGUGCUGGAGCCCUAUGGGCAGCCGCCUCCCGUGGGGCCGUCGAUUCGGCAGCAGCACAAGGACGCUAUCGAGUCAGCGCGCCGCCUGGACCCAGAGGUGUGCGCCGGCCAAGUGGCCCCGUGGUGCUCCAUGGAAACGCGGAGCCUCAAAGAGCGCAAAUCAAGCUGGUGCUCCUCUGCCAGCAGUCUCAGCCUGUCUCCCGCCGAUGCAGGGAACGGACGCUGGAGCAUAAACAUUCCGGUUGGAGUUCCCACUGACAUCGUGGGGAGCAGGAGGGUGAGCGUCAUAUCCCAGUUCGACUACUCCAGCGACGUCGUCGCGCGGUGGAGCCGCGUCGUCGCGCUGCUCCAGGAUAUCCGUAGCUCCGGGAUGUCCCAGCUGCACAGCGCAUGGACGGAAGCGAAAGAGUUCACCCUCUUCGUCGCCAACCCAGCGUACGACGCGAGGCGCAAGGCCGUGCACCUGCCUGACUUCCAGAGUUCGCUGGAGCUCGGGGCCAACUUCAGCUUCCAGAGGAGCAGCACGGGCUCGCUCGUCAGCGCGGGGCACCGGCCCGCGCUGCCCCGGCCGCGCGAG